AUGUCUCGCCAGUCCACCGUGAGGAUUCAGAGGGGGAGAAGUGGCUUCAGCGCUGCUUCAGCCAUGGUCCCAAACACGUGCCGGACCAGCUUCAGCUCCUGCUCCGUCACCCGCCUGGGCAGCUGCAAUGCUGGCAGUGGCUUUGCCAGGGUCGGGGGGGGCUUUGGAAGCAAAAGCCUCUACAAUGUUGGUGGCUGCAAGAAGAUCUCCGUGGCUGGAAGGGGUGGCAGCUUCUAUGGCUCGGCAGGGUUUGGUGGUGCCGGGAGUGUGUACGGGGGCGGCUUUGGUGUUCCAGCCAACCUUGGCUACGGAUACGGGGCCUUUGGGGGUGGCCCUGGAUUCCCAGCUGGGGGCAUCCAUGAAGUCUCCAUCAAUCAGAGCCUUCUGAAACCGCUCAACUUGGAGAUUGACCCUAACAUCCAAAGGAUCCGAAAAGAGGAGAAGGAACAAAUCAAAACCCUCAACAACAAAUUUGCCUCCUUCAUUGACAAGGUCCGAUUCCUUGAGCAACAAAACAAAGUGCUGGAAACCAAGUGGAGUUUGCUGCAGGAGCAGGGAAUGAAAACAGUGAGGAACAACCUGGAGCCGCUUUUUGAGACCUACAUCAACAACCUGCGGGUGCAGCUGAACUCCUUGCUGAGCGACAAGGGGAGGCUGGAGGGAGAACUCGUCAACACCCAGUACCUGGUUGAGGACUUCAAAAAGAAGUAUGAAGAUGAGAUCAACAGAAGGACCAUCGCAGAGAAUGAAUUUGUGACACUCAAGAAGGAUGUAGAUGCUUCCUACAUGAACAAAGUGGAACUCCAAGCCAGGGCAGAUGCGCUGACUGAAGAAAUUAAUUUCCUGAGAGCACUUUACGAAGCAGAGCUGUCCCAGAUGCAGACUCAGAUCUCUGACACCUCUGUGGUUCUUACCAUGGACAACAACCGAAACCUGGACCUGGACAGCAUAAUCUCUGAGGUCAAGGCUCAAUAUGAGGACAUCGCCAACCGGAGCCGCGCCGAGGCCGAGUCCUGGUACCAGACCAAGUACGAGGAGCUGCAGGCCACGGCUGGCAGGCAUGGGGACGACCUCCGGAACACCAAGCAGGAGAUCUCGGAGCUCAACCGCCAUGUCCAGAGGCUCCGAUCUGAGAUUGACAGCGUGAAAAAACAGUGUGCAAACCUGAAAGCUGCCAUCGCCGACGCCGAGGAGCGCGGGGAGCUGACCCUCAAGGACGCCAGGGCCAAACUGGCUGAGCUGGAGGAUGCUCUGCAACAGGCCAAGGCUGACCUGGCCCGGCAGCUCCGGGAAUACCAGGAGCUCAUGAAUGUCAAGCUGGCCCUGGACAUCGAGAUUGCGACCUACAGGAAGCUUCUGGAGGGAGAGGAGUGCAGGCUGGCUGGAGAUGGGGUCCCAGUGAAUAUCUCUGUCACCAGAACAACAGUGGGAACGGGAUACGGAGGAGGGAGCAACCUCAGCAUGGGAGGGGGGAUCUGCAAUUUGGGGAACAGCUUCAACUGUGGGAGCGUUCCCGGGAUGAGCAGCACCACCCUCGGAGCUGGCAGCAGCUCCAGCAUGAAGUUUGUCUCCAGCUCCUCCACCAGAAGAAGUUACAGGAGCUAA